CCCAUCCGGCCCUCCCCCUUCAUCUUCCAGCCCCAUCCCCUACGACAAAUGGACCCCCCUCUUCCAACCCAACGGCUCGCCCAAUUUGAUCUUCACAGCCCUAAUGAAAUCCUUCUUCGAGAUGCUGGUCGCCCAGCAAACGCCCGAGAUGAGACCGGCUAAUGGAAACGGGAUGGCGUCGGCGGUGAAUGGACAAAAGCUGUUGAGCCCGGAGAAGUGUAGUGAGUUUUUGGAUGUGCAGGGUUUCGCGGUGGAGCAUAAUGCUUGGAAACUCAACAAAACCCCCUGGUCAACCGCCCCCUCCGUCCCCGGCAUCCCGGACCCCUUCGCCGCCUUAACGCCCCUCGACAAAGCCGACUGGGAAUUUCGCACGAUCCUCCAAGCCUUUGGCAUCCACCACAUCCCCAUUCCACGUCCUCGCCCUCCCCCCUCUCAACGUCCCCCUCCCGUCUCUACAAGCCCCUUCAUCCCAUCCUGGUUCACGAACCUAAUGGCCACCGAAUACAAAGAAAUCCCCGAGGGAAUGAGAGCCCUAGGAGUCGGGCAAACCCCCUUCCUGACCGAACAGGGAUUCAUCAAAUACAUGGCUCUUGAAACGGCCGGGGAGCCGGACAGGGGGUUUGAGGGGUUGAAUGCUGCACUCAGAUACUAUGGUAAUGUGAUGGGUAUGGGAGGGUGGACGAAGUUGGGUCCGAUCCCGAGGGAGAUGUUCCCUGCUACGUGCCCGCAGGAGAUCCAGACGGCGGUGGAUUUGGCAAAGGCGAAGCAUAGGCAUUUGUGUGAGGAUGCGUUGGCUGGGUCGAGGGCGUAUUGUGAGAUGGCGGCGCGGGGGAGGAGGUAUGGGCUGGAAUUGAUUAGUGAUGAUAGGUAUGUGAGGGUGGAUCAGUAUGGGAAUAGGAUUUAUUGAGUGGCGGUUCUCUUGGGAGGGUCUAGUGUUGGUGUGUGUUUGUUUGUUUGUUUGUGAAUUGGCGAAAGGGUUACUGGUGUGCGUUUGGCUGGAUGGAUAUGUUAGGAGUUCCGGUGAAGACUGGAUGACGGAGACGAGAGGAGAGAUGAUAUGAUGUGUACGUAAACUGAAAGGUACGGAAGGUCGUUCAUGGAGUAGUGUAGGUAGCGAGACUGACAUAUGAGAAAACAAACUGGAAGUAGAAAGACCUAAACAAGUUGACC